CUGCGAUGAGAUAACGGCUGUUGAACAUUUGCGUGAGAAGAACUGAAGAACGCGCGCUUCACAUGCACGUCUCAGCGCAGCACCUGUUUUCUGCAGCGUGUCCCCUCUGCUGCUGAUCUGAAAGAUGAGUUUGUGUGGCAGGAAGGCACUGACACUCCUCAGCAGUGUGUUUGCUGUGUGUAGUCUGGGGCUGCUGGGUAUUGCUGUCAGCACUGACUACUGGCUCUACCUGGAGGAGGGGGUCAUCCUGCCUCUCAAUCAGAGCACUGAAAUCUGUAUGUCUCUCCAUUCAGGGCUCUGGAGGGUCUGUUUCCUUGCAGAGUCACCAGCUCCAGCGACAGUGUUACCAACUGGUAAAUCAGGAGAGGAGAAGGGGCGCUGCUUCACUAUAGAGUAUGUGAUGCCUAUGAAUGUUCAGAUGACGUCAGAGUCUACGGCCAGCGUUCUGAAAAUGAUUCGCUCUGCUACUCCUUUCCCGCUGGUCAGUCUAUUCUUCAUGUUCAUUGGCUUUGUGCUGAGUAAUAUUGGACACAUCCGCCCUCAACGCACUAUUCUGGCCUUCAUCUCUGGAAUCUUCUUUAUCCUGUCAGGUCUGUCCCUGGUGGUGGGUCUGGUCUUGUAUAUAUCCAGUAUUAAUGAUGAGAUGCUAAACAGAACAAAAACGAAUGAAGCUUAUUUCAGUUACAAAUAUGGAUGGUCUUUUGCUUUUGCUGCAGUCUCCUUCCUGCUUACUGAGGCAGCAGGUGUAAUGUCUGUCUACCUGUUUAUGAAACGGUACACUGCAGAGGAGAUGUACAGGCCACACCCGGGUUUCUACCGACCUCGCCUCAGUAACUGUUCUGACUAUUCUGGCCAGUUCCUGCAUCCAGAUGCCUGGGCUCGUGGACGCAGCCCCUCAGACAUCUCCAGUGAAGCAUCCCUCCAGAUGAAUUCAAACUACCCUGCCCUUCUCAAGUGUCCUGACUAUGAUCAGAUGUCCUCAUCACCAUGUUGAGAUUGCAAAUACACAUUAGUGAAAUCUGAGAAGGAGAGAACUCUAGCUAGUUCUUAAAGAUGCUGUACUGGAAUGACUUUGGCACCAGAGAUCAUGUUGUGUUUGGACAGAGGAUAAACGUUAUUUCCUUGUCUUAGAGAGCCUUCAGUACUAAUGCAGUGAUUCUGAGUUUAAUACAUCAGUUGAUGGUAUCAUUUUCUGUUAUUUGUAUUCUACCACACUGAUGUGUAGCUAGUGGUACCUCUGCCUUUUUCUUAAAAGUCUUAGAAAAUAUUUUUGUAGAGUAAUUUCAUUCAAACCGUCAGUUGGUUUCUGUGUCGAUUUUUAAUCAGAAUUGCAGCUUUAAUUGAAAACAGAUGUAUGUAUUUAUAGAAAAACAGAGAACUAGAAAUUAUGGUAUAAACAAGUAUUUAAAUUAUUAUAUUUAAAGAUUCAUCAUGGCC